AGGUUCAUAAACCACAAAUCCCGAGUUUCGAAAAACGGAGGCCGAGGCUCUCUACUGUUUCUCUUUCUUCUUCAAUUGCAUUCAUUGCUGUCUCUCUAUAGAAAUUCACAAUCAUGGCCGAUCAGGGCACAAACCCUUCAAUCAUGGAUCCAAAGCCACCACAUCCACUUCACCACAUAGCAGAAACACCAACCCACAAGCUCCUUUUGAAGCAGUGGCUCAAAGAAGAGGAGCUAAUCCUAAUAAGGGUAGCUCUUAAAGAGACCCAGAUGGAUUCCAUCCGUAAAGAGAUCACACAGCUCUACAUAUUUUUUUUCCUCUUUCACUCCAUUUCAUUGCUCCUCCUCUUCAAUGCCUCCUCCAGAGACCCACCUGGAAGUGGGACCUCCUGCAAGAGAUCAUGGAUCCCAUCAUUGUGUUCUCUUUUGUGUUCUAUGGGGAUAACCUGGGCCGUUAGAUAUAAAACUGAAGUAGAACUCCACUUGGAGAAGUUGUUGCAGAGAGAGAAAGAGGAUGGGAGGUUGUUGUCUAAGUGUGUAGAAGAACUAAAGAAGAAAGGAGUAGAAUUUGAUCUUUUGAAGGAAGUAGAUGCGCUUAGGAGAGCCAAGAGUUUGCGAGUGGAAGCUAAGGUGGUAAGGAAAUGGACUGCAAGGGAUUUUGAGACUCUGUUCUUCUUCACUGUGUCAUUUCUGGUCAUGGGGUUGACAAGGAUCAUCUUGUGUAGUUAAGGCUUUUUGGGGAUUUUGAAUUUGAUAUUUCUUGUUUCUGUCAUUGAAUUCAGUAGCAAUGGAAAUUGCAGAACAUUCAGUUCUGCUAAUUAUGACUUGGGUUAUUUAUAAUCGAGGAAAUUAACAUGGAAUAAAUUUAUGCUUUAGGCUAUAA